AGCUUGGCAGUUUCACAACUCUGCACCUUUGCUCUUGCUGGUGACCUCUGCUUGGUUCCUUUCAGAACCAAUUCGGGUGCCCCACCACUGGGAAGCCGUCCAGUCUCCACCAGGCCCAAGCCCUUGCAGUCUUCCCUGGCCUAGUCGUCUGUGCAUGUGCUAGCCUUUCCUGUGCUCUCUUUCAGCUUAUGGGCGGGGCAGUGCCAGGCAAGAGAGGCCUUAAUAGAUGUUAGUUGAGAUAGUAAAUGCCAGAUUGGGCGCGGAAAAAUCAAAGGGAAGCAUGAGCGCAGGUGGCAGAACUCUCUCAAUGAAUAAGUCAAGAAAUAUUUACUGAGCUCCCAGUGUGCCAGGCGUGGACGGUAUAGAGUAAACAAAGACAACCCCUAUUCUUAUUACCUUGCCUACUGAGUGCAAGGCCAGGAACUGUGUAAGCAGACCCUCAGAGGAGCUCUGGGAAACACUGAAAAAUAGCCUCUCCCCCCAUUGGGUGGGACCUGAGAUUCUGCAUCUCAACAAGUCCCAAUGUGUCCAGAAUUGGUGGGUUCUUGGUCUCACUGAGUUCAAGAAUGAAGCCGUGGACCCUCACGGCUGCCAGGAUGGAAACUAACUACCUGAAGAGGUGCUUUGGAAAUUGCCUGGCCCAGGCACUGGCAGAGGUGGUGAAGGUUCGGCCCAGUGACCCAAUAGAAUACCUGGCUCACUGGCUUUAUCAUUACGGGAAAACAGCAAAAGCAAAAGAAGAGAAUAGGGAAAAGAAGAUCCAGCUGCAGGAGGAAUAUGACAGUAGCCUCAAGGAAAUGGAAAUGACAGAAAUGCUGAAACAGGAAGAGUAUCAGAUUCAACAGAACUGUGAAAAGUGUCACAAGGAACUGACUUCUGAAACUGUUUCCACGAAGAAGACCAUAUUCAUGCAGGAGGACACAAACCCCCUUGAGAAGGAGGCCUUGAAGCAGGAAUUCCUGCCAGGUACUUCCGGUCUGAUUCCAGGAAUGCCUCAACAGGUUCCUCCUUCAGAGUCUGCUGGCCAGAUUGACCAGAACUUCACAAUGCCACAAGAAAUAAAUUACAAGGAGGCUUUUCAGCAUGAAGUUGCUCAUGAAAUGCCUCCUGGCUCCAAAUCUCCUUUUUAGGUUACAGAAGGUAGAUGCUUCUGAUUUACUUCUCUCAAAGCUAGAAGCCAAGAAAAUGGCCAGCUAGAACCAAGAUUUAAGGGGCUGUAAAAGGCAAGUUCAGGGACUCUCCAGCCUACUUCUUUUCUGAAAAACCCUUAAUCAUGUGAACAUUUGAACUAGUUAUAGGAUAAAAUAAACUCAGAAUAAGGAUUUAAAAUAAGUAA